AUUCUUUUCUCAUAAAUUUCAAUCACCAUGGCUUGAUCUAAUUUAAUUCCUCUUCUAGCUUUUUUUAUUGUGCACAUUGCGGAGUUUCCUGACGAUGGCGCCUACCUCGAAAAGCAAACUCACAGGAGCUCUCUCCACGGGACCCGUGAUCUUUUCUGCGGCCAUUCUUCUUCGCAUAAUCCUCCUUUUCUACGGAUUAUGGCAAGAUGCAAACUCUCCUAUGAAAUACACAGACAUUGACUACUACGUCUUUACUGAUGCUGCGCGAUUCGUUGCGCAUGGCGAAUCUCCUUAUGCACGGGACACUUAUCGAUACACGCCAAUAUUAUCAUGGCUUUUGUUACCUACAGCAUGGCAUUCAGUCUUGUUCUCCUUUGGAAAAGCAAUGUUUGCUAUUGGAGACAUCAUCACAGGCUGGCUGAUCAUUUUAGUCCUGCGAAGUACCUCGGGCAUGUCUACAGAGCGCGCUUUGCGCUUCGCGAGCAUCUGGCUUCUCAAUCCCAUGGUGGCUACGAUUAGCACGAGAGGCAGCUCAGAGGGCCUUCUGGGUGUAAUGGUCAUGGCAUUACUCUGGGCUGUAGUGAACAGACGAAUCACUCUUGCAGGCUUUCUUCUCGGGUUCGGAGUACAUUUCAAAAUCUACCCGUUCAUCUAUGCACCAUCAAUUAUAUGGUGGCUUGAUGACGAGCAUUUGGGCUCAAGGAAAUCUCAGAAAUCAAAAGCUCUACCAUCGCCUAUCGAUAAAGUAUUUGGCUUUGUGAAUAAGAACCGCAUCAACCUUACAUUGACAAGUCUGGCCACGUUUGCGGCUCUGAAUGUUAUCAUGUUUCAAAUAUAUGGUUGGCCCUUUGUCGACCAGACUUACCUGCAUCAUGUAACCCGUCUCGACCAUCGGCACAACUUCAGCCCGUACAACACGCUGCUCUACCUCACCGCAUCUCAGCCAAGCGCCGCUCCUGACUUGAGUCGACUUGCUUUUAUUCCGCAGUUACUUCUUUCAACUGUUCUCAUUCCGCUUGUCCUUGCGAAGCGUGAUCUCGCGUCUACUAUGCUCGCUCAGACUUUUGCUUUUGUCACGUUCAACAAAGUGUGUACAUCACAGUAUUUCCUCUGGUAUCUCGUACUUCUCCCACUACAUCUACCACGCUCGUCACUUCUGCAGAAGCCUCGGCGCGGUAUUCUUGCAUUAGUCCUUUGGAUAGCAGGUCAGGCACUUUGGCUCCAGCGCGGGUAUGAGCUCGAAUUUCUCGGCCGCAGCACAUAUGCGCCAAGUCUUUGGAUAGCCGGGAUAUUCUUUUUUGCAGUAAAUGUCUGGAUCCUCGGUAUUAUCGUGACAGAUACAGGAGCAAAUAAAGUCUCCAAGCUCAAAAUAUAGAUUCUUUCGGUUGAAUUAUUUUGUCUCUUCGCAUUGUCUUCGCAUUAGCAUAUACAUAUCUCUCUUUCCACGCUACAAGAUAUAUAUACAUUUCUAAACACU